GACACUCCAUAGUUACGAAGACCAAAUUCCUCUCAUGUAAAUAGUCGUAGUCGUAUAUAAGCAAUUUCCUAAAACAUUUGUAAGAUGGACAAUUUAGGUACACCUUCAAGUGAUAUAAAACCCAUAAAUGAAAAUACUGUUCAUAAAAUUUGUUCGGGACAGGUAGUUUUGAACUUGGCUGUAGCAGUUAAGGAAUUAGUGGAAAAUUCACUGGAUGCAGGAGCUACCAAAAUUGAUAUUAGAUGCAAGAAUUAUGGUAUGGAUAGCAUUGAAGUUUCGGACAAUGGUUCAGGAGUUAAUGAAGAUAAUUUUGCAGCAUUGACCUUAAAAUAUCAUACAUCAAAAUUGAGUGAUUACUCAGACUUGCUUGGAGUAUCAAGUUUUGGUUUUAGAGGUGAAGCUCUUAGUUCACUUUGUGCUUUGGCAAAUCUGACUGUAACUACCAGGCAUAAAAAUUCCAAUUAUGCAACUAAAAUAGAAUACGAUCUUAAAGGUAACAUUGUAAAGACAACACCAUGUUCUAGGCAAAUUGGAACAACCGUUACUUGUACAAAUCUGUUUCAUUCCUUGCCAGUGAGACAAAAGGAAUUUCAUAACAAUGUAAAAAGAGAAUUCAACAAAAUGACGCAUUUACUAUAUGCAUACUGUUUAAUUUCAAUAGGUGUUAAAAUUACGUGUACGAAUCAGACAUCUUCCAAUACAAAAUCUGUAGUAGUUGAAACGCAUGGCUCCUCGUAUAAAGACAAUAUAGCCAGUAUAUUUGGUCUUAAACAACUACAGACAAUAAUCGAAAUAAAACCCGAAUACACUCAAAAUAUAAAAGAUAAUAUUUUUAAAGGUCUAUCUAGUGAAGUAGCUCAUGACCAACAAAGUUUUGUCAUCGAAGAUGUGGAUAUUAACCUAUCAGAAGAUUCCAACGACAACGAGUCUGAAGCUAUUACAAAAGAUGAAAUUAAAUCACAAGGAUAUAAAAACAUUGUUAAACCGUUUGAAUUUAUAGGUUUUGUAUCUUCGUGUGAACAUGGGCGUGGUAGAUCUAGUACAGACAGACAGUUCUUCUUCGUAAAUAACAGGCCUUGUGAACCAAUUAAAAUAACUAAACUCAUAAAUGAAGUUUACAGACAAUAUAAUCCAAACCAAUAUCCUUUUGUUUUUCUGAAUGUUAAUGUUGAAAGAUCGUCUGUAGACAUAAAUUUAACGCCGGAUAAAAGAAAAUUAUUUUUAACCAAAGAAAUAAAUAUAUUGGACGUUUUAAAAGUUUCUUUACUUAAGUUAUUUGAAAGUAUACCGCGGACAUUGAAAGUAGACUCCUCCCAAGAUGUUUCUAUUUCGAAAGAUCAUAAACCAGAAUUAGAUCAACCGAGAAUUUUCACCUCUUUCCUGCAACAAUUCGAUAAAAAAUCAAAGCUUUGUGAUCCUAUUUCAAAAAGGGAAGAUUUAAAUAAAGUUGAUUUAAAAAGAAAAUCUACAGCAAUUACUGACUACAUUACUAUGAAAAGUAAAAGACUAGAACAACCCUGUUCAAGUAUUAAUGAAUCAAAAUUGAUAUCCAGUGAUAUUAAUACCAAUGAAUUGCUUGAUUCAGAAGAGAUCCCUCAAGUCCCUAUGAAAUCUGAGGGGCGCAGUGAUGACAAAAAUGUUACAGAAUUAAUACCUCGACCAACAAAUAUAGAAACGCCGAUAAUUAUAUCUGACCAAAUUAAAUCUGAAGAAACUGAAAACACAGAGGAAAAAGAGAUUAUAUAUUUAGACUAUUGCAACGAAAUGCCAAAUACACAGAUAAAACAGUUAUCAGAACAAGUUGUAGAGCAAACUUAUACCAUUAACUGCAAAACAAAAACAAAACCUAAGAUACAUUUACCACCGGGAUCUAAAAAAACCUCCGAAAGCUACAAUAAAGUUUUAACGGUGACAGACAAAGAAGACUUAGGUAAGAACCACAGGAGAUCAGUAAUUUUAAAAACUUCUUUGCAGCAUGUCCAGGCUUUAACAGAAAUUUAUAAUAGAAAUAAAGAAAAGAUAUUACCUACGAAAGUGAAAUUUAAAAGCGCCAUUAAUCCAGUAUUCAAUAAAAAAUGUGAAGAAGAAUUGACACGAGAAAUAUCUAAGGAUUCAUUUAAGAAGAUGCAUAUUGUGGGGCAAUUUAAUUUGGGUUUCAUAAUAACACAACUAGAAGAUGAUCUUUUUGUAAUAGACCAACAUGCUACUGAUGAGAUUUAUAAUUUUGAAACCUUACAGCGUACAACAGAACUAACCAGUCAAAAAUUGGUGAUCCCACAACAACUAGAGUUAACAGGUGUAAACGAAGAAAUACUAAUGGACAACAUAGAUAUUUUCAAAAAGAACGGUUUUACAUUUGAAGUAAAUAAGGAGGCAUUGCCAACGAAACGUGUAAAACUUUUGACUAUACCAAUGUCGAAAAAUUGGUUAUUUGGAAAGGAAGAUAUCGAAGAAAUGCUCUUUAUGUUAAGGGAAGCUCCGACCGAACAUUGCAGGCCGAGUAGAGUAAGAGCAAUGUUCGCAUCGAGAGCUUGCAGAAAGUCUGUCAUGAUUGGCACAGCUUUGAAAAAAUCCGACAUGAGAACGCUGGUCGACCAUAUGGCAGAAAUUGAUAAGCCGUGGAACUGUCCACAUGGACGCCCCACCAUAAGGCAUUUGGUCAACUUAGCUAUGGUCCAAACUGAGUACAGCAGUGGAUAUAAAUUUUGAGAACUUCAGUUUUAUUUUAGUAUUAUUUCUAUCAAAAAUCAUGGAAGAUCGUUUUGAUAAAGAAUUUUUUUUAAGAAAUAAAGACUUAAAUUUUGUAUGAUUUAUUUAAACA